ACCAGAUAUAAAGAGCCCGAGUAAUGCUUGCUUACGCUUCAAAACUCCCCAACAAUACUUGCUUUGUGAUUAAUAUUCUUACAAGAGUCAAUAAGGAAGCAAUGAGGAUGUCACAGCCCUAAGUGACACCGAGCUGUGCUGAAAAAUGUGGUUUGAAUAUGGUGACUCAGAACAUUUAUUCUUAAAAUACAAAUGUGAAAUGUGAGACCUUGUUACAUAAGCCAUUGUCUAUAAAUGGAAACCUUAAAGUCUACCAAAUUAUUCUUCCCACGACGCCUGUGAAACACUGGAAAUCACAAAAUUGCAAGAGACACAGAGAAGCUGAGUGACCCAUUCUGCCGAAGGAUUUCCUUUAUUCAACUCAUGAUGAGUGCGUCUUCAAGGCCAAACAUUGAAACAAUGCUGGCACUCCUAAUGCUUCUUCAGCUGACCUUGGAGGUCUCGCUCCAAGAAACCUCCAAAUCAGCUAUUUCUCCUCAAGACAGGCUCCACAAUGCAUGCAUGUUAAUUAUGUGUGCACCUAACAAAGGGGACCCCAGAAGAGAAAUGGCCAUUCAAGGGCUUCAACAGUUUUCAAGUCCAUCAGAACUUCUGGCUAUCUCUGCACCAAACAAAGAUAAGCUGGGGAGCGGAACAAGUGAGCUUGAACUUCUUAAGCUGCAAAUAAAAGAACUUCGGAUUCAGAUGGACAUUCUCAAAGCUACCUUCAUCAAAGUUCAACAGGCUGCCCUGGCUCCCAAUGGAGUGAUCGUGGGUGAGAAAAUGUUCAAAAGAGGUGACUCUAAGGGAGAUUUCCAGGCCGCCACCGCCAACUGCGUGCACAUGAAUGGCAAACUUGCCUUGCCAAGGAAUGUGGCAGAGAACAACGCCCUCCAAGAAAUAGUAGCAUGGCGUAAAGAACAGGCGAUUCUUGGAAUCCGUUACAACGCAGCUGAAAAGAAGUUUGAGGAUCUCAAUGGCUAUCCCCUACAAUUUUUCAACUGGGCUCCUGGAGAACCGAAUAACCUUGGUUACGAAAAAUGUGUGGAAAUACACCCAAAUGGCCAGUGGCAUAAUAGAAUUUGCGAUCUCGGCUGGUCAAUCAUUUGUGAAUUUAACAUCUAAUGGAUGUUGGGCUGGGGGGAAGGAAAAGAAUUCCACCAUAGAAUUGAAAAAGAAAACUUACUCUGUUUAUCACAAAUACAGUCUAGCACCGUGAUGGCAAACCUAUGGCACAUGUGCCCAAAGUGGCAUGCAGAGCCAUGAUACCUGGCACAUGCGGUGUUACCCGUUCUUCUUCCGGGUUUCUGGCGUUCAUGCAUGUGCAAUGAUCAGCUGGCCUUAGCUCGUGCGGCAGUGCCAAAAAUCAAAAGACCAGCUGGCUGGUGCGCAUGUGCAUGCACAUGUGCAUGCCAGAAACCAGCUCUUCUGGUUUCCAGCACUGCCGCACGCACAAAAGCCAGCUGAUCAUUGCACAGACACUUGUUGGGGCUGCAACCCAAAAGAGGAGAAGCCCAGGGGGCAUGCGUCCACCGGGAAAUGAAUUUCCAGUUUCUGACACACGCAUGCCCCCUAGGCAGCUCCUCUUCUGGUUUGCAGCCCAGACGAGCGUGUGUGCACGCAAUGCGCUCACUCCCUUUUCGCCACUCGGUGCCAAAAAGGUUCACCAUCACUGGUCUAGCAUAUGGCAAGUAAAUCCUAAUCCAAUAGCUUCCCCUGUUUUCAGCGAGAUCGGAAGUCAAGUUUUACUCCGUUGACUUCAGCCUUGUCAUUCCAAUAGAAGUUGUCUUCUUCCACUUAAACCAACCAUCUUGGAAUCCUUCCUCAGUCCUCCACUGAAGUAGUGGCCAGACUUGAUGCUGCUUAGCUUUUAUGAUCCAUCAUCAAAUAGAUGUUUCCAUCUUCCAAGUCUUCCCUAGCUUAGCUUAGAUAGCAAAACUGCACAGAAAUGUAGUGGCUUAUAGAUCCAUUUUCCACCAUUUCUAAAUAAAUGCUUUCCUAUCAGCA